ACUUUUUAUUGGUUCUGUGGGUCUUUAUUGCUGGGAUGGUCUAAAAGGGCGUCUUCUUUUUAGCCUGUAGAGUGUAUGGAAAAAAGGCCUGGAACUUUUGGUGAUGGGUUAUUUCUUUACUGUGCUGUUCAUUCAAUCCUUGGUACUCUGAAAGGAAAUUCAUGGCUGUGACAGCUAUGCUGUACCUUUUGCUUUUCUUGGACUUUGAAUACCUCCCUUGUUACUGGGAGUUAUUACAUCAACUGAGGUUGUUGAUGUUCUCAUCAAGUGAAGUAUUGGUCAAGGGUGUAAUAUUGAUAAGUGGCUAUGGCAUCAACGUCUUUUGCCAAGCAGAGUCUACUGGCCAUGAAGGAACCAGCGUCUAACUAUAGUCCAUAUCCCCCGCCUCUUGCAAGAUAUGAAGAUGUUGCAGCUAGUCCAAAGCUUUUCAUGUCUACUUUGGAGAAGCUACAUGCUACCAUGGGAACUAAGUUCAUGAUUCCAAUCAUAGGAGGAAAGGAGUUAGAUUUGCACAGACUUUUCGUGGAGGUAACAUCUCGUGGUGGUAUUGAGAAGAUUAUAAGCGAACGGAGAUGGAAGGAAGUGACUGCUAUUUUCAACUUUCCCUCCACUGCUACAAAUGCAUCUUUUGUGCUGCGCAAAUAUUAUGUUUCUCUGCUUUAUCAUUAUGAACAAAUCUACUUUUUUAAAGCCCGUGGUUGGAUUCCUGUUUCUUCUGAUCGUUUUCAAAACCCAUCCAUUACUUAUAAUCCUACUCAAGGGACAGUGCGGCCGUCGAUAGAAAUUCAUGCAGCUGCUGUUCAUCAACCAAGAGUAAAUAUUGCUGAGUUGCCUGCAGCAGCAAGGCCAGCAUCAACAGCAGGCUCUCCUGUGAUUGGGGUCAUUGAUGGGAAAUUUGAGAGUGGCUAUCUUGUUACUGUCACCAUUGGCUCAGAGAAGCUAAAAGGUGUCCUUUAUCAGGCUCCACAGGGUGCAGCACCCCAAAUUCCACAGCAAUAUGGCAUAUUUGCGAGCAAGAGUGAUAAUGCUUAUACUUCAUUGGGUGUGCAACGCCGGAGGCGCCGGAAGAAAUCUGAGAUAAAAAGGAGGGAUCCUGCUCAUCCUAAGCCUAAUAGAAGUGGAUAUAAUUUCUUUUUCGCUGAGCAGCAUGCAAGACUGAAACCACUACAUCCUGGAAAGGACAGGGAAAUAAGUAGAAUGAUUGGUGAAUUGUGGAACAAGUUAAACGAGACAGAAAAAGUGGUUUACCAGGAGAAAGCUCUCAAAGAUAAAGAAAGAUAUAGAAUUGAGAUGGAGGAUUACAGGGAAAGAUUAAGGACAGGUCAAGUUAUCAGUGAUGCAGUGCCUCUACAGCAACGACUUCCGGAACCAGAUGUAGAUAUGGCAGAAGCAGAUAUGAAGCUUGAAGAAACUGAAGGUGGUGAUUCUCCUCAAACUCCAGAAAAUGAUAGCAGCUCUGGUGAAAGUGAUUUUGAAGAUGAUAAAACUGCAGCUAAGGAUUUAGACAUGGAAGAAUCUCCAGUUGUGGGAGUGGUUGGUGAAUCUAUGAAUGUAGAUGUGGAGGUUACAGCUGAGCUGGUGAAUGAGCUGCCGCCUAAGGUGGAAGAGAAUGUUGGAAAUAAUAAGGUUGAGAAGUUCCGUAUUGAGAGUGAAGAGAAUUUGGGAAAUACUUUGUCAGAGACAAAGAAAGAACCGAUGCCAAGUGAGGAACACUAGAAUUUGCUAGGGUUAGGUUUGCCAUCCUUGUGCUCAUUGUGGCUUGCCUGAGGAUAGAUGCAUUAGAAAUGGUUAUUAACUUUCUUUAUUGUUUACAUUUACCCUUCAUAGAUGUUCUUUUUUUUGUUUGUAAAAAUUUAGUCUUACUGUAAGCAGAAGGUUUUUUUUCCUUAGAUGAGGGCAGGAUAUCUGGCUGGCUUGGGAAAGUUUUGUGGGGAGAAAAUUUUGGCUCCAAUUAUAUAAUUGACUUUCUAAGUAACAUCCCAAUCCCUGCCAAAAGUUUAACUGAGCAUAUUGGGCUGUGAGAGGGCUCAUCUGUAAUCAACAACAAAGUAUAGAAAUGCAUCAGGAA